AGAUCAAAAUGGCGGACGAGUCGCGUGGUGAGAAGGCAUUUUCCUUCGUUAGUUACAACUGUCGGGUAUGUUGUAUUUGACAACCGCUCCCAUGAGGAAAAAAGAAUGGAAAUGAUUCUAGCCUCAUUUGUUGCAUCUUAAGAAAUUGUACUGUGCUAUGGGAGAUAAAAGUCAAGGAAAAAUAAUGCCAAAGAAGAAACUGUUAAAGCAACCUAUUAAUGAAAGCCAAGUUUUGAUCUUCAAGCAAGAAAUAAAAGUUGAGCCAGAACUAUUUGAUUUGAAAAAUAUUGCAGGGGAGGUAUCAAAAGAAUUGAACUUACCUGAGAAACCACACAAAUGUGAUGAAUGUGGUAAGUGCUUUGCCCAAUCGGGAACUCUGAAAAGACACGUAAGGAUUCACACAGGACAUAAACCACACAAAUGUGAUGAAUGUGGCAAGUGCUUUACCCAACGUGGUAACCUGAAGACACACCUAAUUAUUCACUUAGGACAGAAACCAUACGAAUGUGAUGAGUGUGGCAAGUGCUUUAAACAAUCGAGAACCCUGAAAACACACCUAACAAUUCAUACAGAACAAAAACCACACAAAUGUGAUGAAUGUGGCAAGUGCUUUACCCAUUUGGGAGCCCUUAAAACACACCUAAGGAUUCACACAGGACAGAAACCAUACGAAUGCGAUGCAUGUGGCAAAUGCUUUACCCGAAAAACACACCUGAAGGCACACCUAAUGAUGCACUCAGGACAAAAACCAUUCAAAUGUGAUGUGUGUGAUAAGGGCUUUACCCGACAUGCAGGACUGAAGUCACACCUAAGGAUUCACUCAGGACAGAAACCAUACAAAUGUGAUGAAUGUGGCAAGUGCUUUAACCAAUCUGGGACCUUGAAGUCACACCUAAGGAUUCACUCAGGACAGAAACCAUACAAAUGUGAUGAAUGUGGCAAGUGCUUUACCGUAAAAUCAAACCUGAAGACACACCUGAUGAUUCACUCAGGAAAGAAACCAUACAAAUGUUAUGAAUGUGGCAAGUGCUUUUCCAGACAUAGGUACCUGAAGACGCACCUAAUGAUUCACUCAGGAGUGAAACCAUACAAAUGUGACAAAUGUGGCAAGUGCUUUACCCAAUCUGGGAGCCUGAAAGCACACCUAAGGAUUCAUUCAGGAAAGAAAUUUAUAUAUGUGAUGAAUUUGAAAAGUGCUUUACCCAAUCUUGGACCUUGUGAUGAAUGAGUUAAUAAAUGCUUUCCGAAAACGGAAACCAUAAGAAACACCCAAUUAUUGACUCAGGACAGAAGCUAUAGAAAUAAGAUCAGUGUUGCACGUGUUUUUCCAAAUUUAAAGGCCUAAGAGCACAACUUGUGAUUUACUUAGGAUGGACACCACGCAGUGCUUAGGAUUCAAAUUAUGCUAAUGUUGCAAGGGAUUUUCCCGAUCUAGAGGCCUGUGUGUGUCAUUAUAGAGGUAUAAAAACACAGCAAAUGAUCCCCAAGACAUGUUGAUUGGGCUGAUGGGGAUGUACGAUGAUGAUCAUGAUGAUGCUCCCAGAUGACAUACAGUAAAGCACAAUAACCAUCAAGGGAACAAUUCAUGCCAACAGGAAAUUCGAGCUAUCUGAGUAGAAAUUGCUAUAAAUUUGUUUCUAGGAAUCCUUGAGUCAGUUCUGGCGCCUUGCACUAAGAAAUAAUGUGCCUUUUUGGGUGCAAACUCGUGAACGCUCUUUUAAAUGUUCAUGAAAAUUUAAAUUCUAUUAGGGUUAAAAGUGUUAAGCGAAUUUGAGCCAGCUAAUUCUAAACAAACUGUCUGGAUUAUCAAGGCUGGUGAAAAAAGCCUUCUUGAACCACUA